AUGCCGCAGCAUUGUCACCCAGAAAGUUCAAUUUCAAAGCAACCACCUCCAUUUCCUCAGCGUUUUCAGAAGAAAAAGUUGGAUUCUCAAUUUAAGAAGUUCCUAGACAUAUUGAAGCAGCUGGAUAUUAGCAUACCACUUGUGGAGGCACUUGAGAAAAUGCCUAAUUAUGUGAAGUUCAUGAAAGAUGUUCUUAAAAGGAAAAGAAGGUUGGGUGAGUUUGAAACUAUGGCUCUAACCAAGGAUUCUAGUGCCUUUUUGCAAGAAAAGUUGCCUCCAAAGUUGAAGGAUCCUGGGAGUUUCACUAUUCCAUGUACCAUUGGAAACAUUGGGAUGGCUUUAUGUGAUUUAGGCGCAAGCAUUACUUUGAUGCCAAUGUCUGUUUUCAAGCAAUUGGGGAUUGGAGAAGUCAGGACUACUACAGUUACUCUUCAACUUGCAGAUAGAUCUCUUGCUCAUCCAGAUGGGAAGAUUGAAGAUGUGUUGGUGAGGGUAGACAAAUUCAUAGUCUCUGCUGAUUUUAUUAUGCUAGAUUAUGAGGUGGAUAGAGAGGUACCUAUUAUCAUGGGGAGGCCAUUUCUUGCAAUAGGAAGAACUUUGAUAGAUGUGUAG